AACAUAACAUAUGACUCGCACACCCAGAGGACUAGCGACCGACAGCGUGGAUAAGUCGCAGUGGCCAGCUGUCGUUAUGAUGAACUUUGCAAGUCCGGCCGAAGUGCGAAAUGUUGUCAGCAGGAACACAUGGACUGUGCUGGUGCAGAAAGCUUGAUAUCAUACGACAUACGCCAGGCUUUCUUAUAUGAGAGCAUGUCGAAGGCAGUAGAGAAUCACAACAUGGCGGAGUCUAUUCGGGAAGAGGUUCUGUCCUGCCACAUCUGUCUGGAGGUUCUCACGGAGGCCAGGACGCUGCCGUGUCUCCACACCUACUGCAAGGCCUGUCUCAUGAAAAUGGUGGAGAUCAAAAACAAGAAGGUCCGCAUUAUCAGGUGCCCGGAAUGCAGGGAGGAGGUGAGACUGUACAAGGCAGGCGUGGAGGACCUGCGGUGCAGCUUCUUCAUCAACAGUUUGAUGGAGAUUUAUAACACCAAGAGGCAGGUGUUGAAGUGCACCGUGUGCAAGCAAAGGCGUGAAAACAGGACAGCAGUGAGUAAAUGCACUACCUGUGGCGACGGCCUGUGUGACACUUGCAGUAAAGGACAUCAACUAUCCACAACUACCGUCCACCACAAGGUUCUCCCUCUGGGAGAGUUCGCAUCUGGAGACUACGAUCAGCAUCUUCGGGAGGCCCAGACCUUCCCCUGCGUGUCCCACCAGAAGGAGCUGGAGUAUUACUGCGAGACGUGCGAGAAGGUGGCCUGCUUGUCUUGCCUACUAGUGGAUCACAAGGACCAUACGUACUCCACAAUUCCACAAGCGUACACCAGCAAGAAGGAGCUUCUUGAGACCAUGUUCUGUCAAGUCGAGUCUAAAGUGACCCAGAUUGAAGAAACUAAAAACGUUGAGCACAUGUAUGAUGAAGCCGAUAAACAAAGCCGCGAGGUCAUCAGAACAAUAAUGGAGACAGGCAAGGCUGUGCUUCGAGCUGCAGAAAGAGAGAUUACACUGACUAAACAAACGUCCAAAACACUGAUCGAAUCUCGACUUGCCACAUUAACCAAAGUUAAAGAGAACCUGGAGAAGCAAAUAAAACAGGAAAAAUCUUCUGUAGAAUUCUGUCGCCGCGUUCUGUCGAACGGCAAGCCUGUGGAAGUAUUGGAGAUCGGGGAUAUGUUGAGGAAGAGGCUGGAUCAGCUGAGUCUGGUAGAGAACCAGGUGGACAUACAAGAGCUGGACUCCAACACACGUAUCGAGGACACUGUUGUGAACUACAAGUUCCAAGGGGACUUCUCGCUGGGUAUCUUCAAGCCAGAAAUAGAAAAAUCAGUCCAAGAAGUAGAAACACAAACUGAUUUCACACAGGCAGAAAUUCGAACCAAUGAAGUAUCAACUCAGUACACUUCAGAAGACUUCGAUGACCAGGAGUCACAAGAGGCUGGUGUUGAGGGAGAGAGGGAUUCUCCAGCUGUAGGUCCCCCAGGUGGGGAGCAGGCGGUCACCGGUGAUGGAAACAUCCUCCACACACCUGUUGACAACAAUCUGUCCCCAGACAGGUCAGCAGGCGCUGCAGGAAACACCUGGGCUUGUGGGGCUGGACGGGGGUCUGAAGAUGGUUCAGCACCUGUAGCUUUGACGGCAAAUGGUCUUGUGGAUACAAGCUAUGACUGCCGGGGACCAGGGCAGAGGGAUGCUUCUGUCUUUGAUUUCUUGUCCCAUGCACUGUUUAUCUACAUUUUCUGUACGAUGUUCCUGUGGGAUCAUUUCAGUGGUUAUGUUUUGGGGAAACUAUCGUGAAAAUUAAUGAGCUAACUCUGCUAAAGAUGUUGUAAUGCUAGAAUCAUGAAGUUUUAAUUGGGUCAUGUUCAGAGGGAUUAAAACUACUAGGAGGGGCGUGGGGGUGUUGUGGGGUAGGGAAGGGUGUGCGUGUAUGAAUCAAAACUGUUUGUUUGAAACUGAAAUCAAUCUUUCAUAAAAACCAAAGAUUUUUUGGGAAGUAAACAUAUAUUUCAUCGA